GUGCUUCUAAUUUAGAAACAAUAACCAGCUAACCCGGAGGUCUCAGCUAAGCCAAUCAGAGGCAGCGAUGAGGCUCCACGGGGAGAGGAGGCGGGUCCUGGACCGGUUACCUGGCAACCUUUCAAACACCGGAAUGGCAAUGCGGAAGGAUUUGAAAUCUAAAGCUAGGAACAAGUUGGUAAUUAACUCGGUUGCCUUUCAAGACCACAUCACACGCACCCUGCUGCAUCCAAAUGCGUCACUUUCUGAUCCUUUGCUGAGAUGCAAAAGAAAAGCGCUCAGAAAUCCACAAGCAGGGGAAACAGUGGAAGAAAGAGGUCUGCAGGGACAAGACUGGCAAGAAGAGAGAGAAUAUGUGCUUGAUCCUACUCCACCUCCUUUAACGUUAGCUCAGAAGUUGGGUUUGGUGGCCUCCCCUGCAGGAAGAUUGACCGAGUAUGAAUGGACUCGGGUCAAGGCGAGGUCUGUUCGGCAGGGGGAAUCAGCUCAGCCCUGUGCAAUAUGCAGGGAGGAGUUUCUGCUUCACCCUCAGGUGUUGCUGUCCUGUUCUCAUGUUUUCCACAGAGCAUGUUUGCAGGCGUUUGAGAGGUUUUCCCGGAAGAAGUGCUGCCCGAUGUGCAGAAAGGAGCAUUAUGAGAUGCGGGUGAUCCACGAUGCGGCUCGACUCUUCAGACACAAGUGUGCCACAAGAAUUCAAGCAUGUUGGCGAGGUUAUGCUGCUCGAAAAAAGUACAGAAAAUUGAAAAGUUCCAUCUGUCCGAAAGACAAACGGCUGCGACGCAAAUUCUUUGAAGAAAGGUUGCAGGAGUUGAAUGACAGCUUUGUCCGAUACUGUCACACCGACAUGGAGGCUUUUCUGUGUGAUAUCAACCGCUCGCUGUCAUCAAGCAGACAAGUGUUCCAGCAGCUGGAGAAAAAGUACAUCUCCAAACCUCAGGAGGAGGACUGGGACCGAAUACAGAGCCAGUCUUGCCUUUCCCUUCUUGACAUGUUAAUGCUUGCAUGGGGACGACAGCAUCACAGCUGCCGGAUAGAAAGUAGACGUCUCUCCAGAGGUUAUCCAGAGAGGUGUCCGGGACUGCCCCAUCUGCCUGACUGCACUGUGCAGCCCCAGCCUCCCAACAGAAGCAGCUUGACGCACUAGUGUGGAGGCCCCUCCGAGCCAAAGUGGAAGAGUAUCCAUUUGCAACCCCUGGGGUGAUUGGCAGAUCAAGACCAAUUAGUUCAGUGUUACACCGUUACUAGCGUGCAAUAAAAAUACCAUCUUUCAUCUUUGUUACAGGAGUGAAGGACCAAUCACUUUGAUCAAACCCUUUUCUUCCCUCUGUUAUUACGACACGCCCUGUCUGGAUGGGUUUAAGUAGGUAACAGAGGUGAGAUGCGGGGGGGUUAACAGUCUUGUCUGUGCCCUCGCAGAUACCUGUCCCAUGAUCUAAGCAAGGGAAAGUUUGAACCCUCAGAGCAAAUGCAGUCACAACACAACAGGAAAUGUCAGGGGCAGUUCAGCAGCUACUCUUCUCCAGACACGAAUCGAAAAAACUGCCUCGGGGUAGCCAAAUGUGCUCAGCCACAAGUGAAUUAAUCUAUCACUUUUGCACAUAACAUUACCAGACAUGGCCUUAUCCACCCCCCAGGGAAGAUAAAUCAUUGAUCAAAUUGACAACAGUUCCUUAAUGAAAAAUAGCAGAUCUUACUAAACUUACUAAGAACACUAUGAUCACUUGUUGAGGGCUGUGGAGGAAUUUUCAACUGCAGUAUCCUCAAUGACAUCACUCUGAAACUGAAGUUAAAUAUAUCCUCCUUCUCUUUCUGCUGGCACCAUCAAGUAAAGGGCUGAGUUACAGCGAGGCAGAGAUGCUGAGUGAGGCUUCUGGCAGCCAGGAAGGCCCGGAGCUAUUCAACAUAUCCUCUCCAACCUUCACCACACUCGAAAAAUUACGUCAUCCACACAU